UAAGUACUGCCAUAGCAAUAAUCAGAAGACCCUAUCUCGAGGAUGUUCUCAAGAAGAGAAUGCCCCAUCAGACACCGCAUCUACUGAAACACAGCCUGGACAUUUGUGAAUGAGGAUUACUCUCAGGUCAAAUUCUACGAAUUCUUCAAAGACAAGAGGCUCUGAAGUCAUCAAACUUUUUUUUGCAUUCGAUAUCGUUUAUAUCCGCAGCCUUUACUGCCGGCUAAUAGCUACUACUCGCGGAUAUGGGCUGGCCUUGAGAACAAGAUGCGGAUUGUAGGUGAAAUGGAGUUGAAUGUAAUGGCAGAAAGCAGAG